AUGGUGGCGGUGCUUAGGCCUUGGUCCGUCAUGGUUGCAGUGCUGCUAGUCCUGCUGGCCUGCCUGGGGGCUCUGGUGGACGCCUACCCCGCCAAACCCGAAGCUCCGGGCGAAGACGCCUCCCCGGAGGAGCUGAGCCGGUACUACGCCUCCCUGCGCCACUACCUCAACCUGGUCACCCGACAGCGGUAUGGGAAAAGAGACGUCCCAGAAGCUCUACUCUCCAAACUGCUCUUCACCGAUGACAGCAAAAACCUCCCCAUCAGGUCUCGGUAA